AGACAAAAACAAACACAAAUUGUGUAAGAGCUUCAUUUGAGCUUAAAAAGGUUCCAGAUUGCGAAAAAUCUAUAAAAAAAUAAUUCAGCUUCGUAUUCAAGAAUAAUUUACAGAUAUCAUUUGGUGCUAAGUUAAAAGAUGGCUGAUCAUUUGAGUUUAUGUACCGACCGUCUUAUAACAAUUGAGAGCUUGAACUCAGAGAAAGAUUCUGAGUCUUCAGAUUCUUCUGGAGAAAGUUCUUCCCGGCCUCAAGGCACAGACUUGGCUUCUUCAUCUGUGGAUGAAGCUGAGGAACCGAGGGAGUACUACGCUGUUUCUGAAGAGGAAGAGCCACUUCUCCAAUCUGUGGAGUGCCGUAUUUGUCAGGAGGAAGAUACAACUAAGAACCUUGAGGCUCCUUGUGCUUGUAAUGGUAGUUUGAAGUAUGCCCACCGCAAGUGUGUUCAGCGUUGGUGUAAUGAGAAAGGCGACAUAACCUGUGAAAUAUGCCACCAGCCUUAUCAACCUGGAUACACAGCACCUCCACCACCUCCUCCUGAUGAAACGAUAAUUCACAUUGGUGACGAUUGGGAGAACGGAGUUCCAUUAGACUUGACUGACCCGCGCAUUCUGGCAAUGGCUGCAGCAGAACGCCAUUUCUUGGAAGCUGACUAUGACGAGUAUUCUGAGUCUAACUCAAGCGGAGCUGCCUUUUGUCGCUCUGCUGCUCUAAUCCUAAUGGCACUUUUACUGUUACGAGAUGCGCUGAAUCUCACUACUAACUCAGAUGACGAGGACGAUCCAACUGCCUUCUUCUCUCUUUUCCUACUUCGUGCCGCCGGCUUCCUCCUCCCAUGUUACAUAAUGGCAUGGGCCAUUGGUAUACUACAACGUCGGAGACAAAGACAGGAAGCAGCGGCUCUUGCUGCCGCGGAAGUUACUUUCAUGAUUCACGGAGGGGUUCCCCAACGCAGGGGACUGCACUUUGCUGUAGCGCCAGAGCCACCUAUAGCCAACGUCCCAACACCCGUUUGAUCCUUCCUGGUUAGGAAUCUUCGGUAAGGCGAUUAGAUAAAACCUUGAACUUGGUUGUAAGAACUUCACCUACUUAUGCUUCUUCAUAUGUUAUUAUCUUCCUCGUAUGUUUCUGUUCUCUGAAUCUGUUAAAUGUAUAUUUCGGCUCUCAAAUAUUUACAAAGAGCUCUCCCAGCACUCUGUACAGGACCAUCUAUCAUUAUUAUUAUUAUGUAUUAUGAAUU